AUCGUCACGGCAUCCGGGCAGCGCCAGCAAAGCUGUGGAAAAAAGUACUUUUCCUGGAUUCCUUUCGUUUUCUCCGGUGGCCGUGCGUGCGUGUCCACACGAAAUGAAGCUCAUCGUCAACCUAGCCGUGCUGGCCAUCGUGGCACUGUGCCUCUGCCAGUACGUGAACAGUCAGGCAUCGAAAAAUGCCCGAGGCGGCCAACAAUCCUUAUCGGAUAAGGUGCAGCAGCUGCUCGACAUGAACAACAAGCGGCCCGUGAUGCGGUUCAACGGGAACAAGUUCCGGGACUUUGUAAAGUCGGCUCCACGUAACUACUCCGUCGUCGUGAUGUUCACGGCGAUGGCGCCAGCACGGCAGUGCGUGAUCUGCCGGCAUGCGCACGACGAGUACACGAUUGUGGCCAAUUCGUACCGGUACUCGCAGACAUACUCCAAUAAGCUGUUCUUCGCGAUGGUCGACUUUGACGAGGGAUCGGAUGUGUUCCAGCUGCUGCGCCUCAACACGGCCCCGGUCUUUAUCCACUUCCCGGCCAAGGGUAAACCGAAGGCCGCCGAUACCAUGGACAUUCAGCGAGUCGGUGUUUCGGCCGAGGUGAUCGGUAAAUGGAUUCAGGAGCGAACCGAUAUCCAGAUCCGCAUCUUCCGUCCUCCGAACUACUCGGCGACGGCGGCUGUCCUCAUGCUAACGCUCUUCAUCGGCGGCUUCCUGUAUCUUCGCCGGAAUAAUUUGGACUUUCUGUACAACAAGCAAAUGUGGGCGCUGCUUGCCGUCAUUUUCUGCUUCGCAAUGGUUUCCGGCCAAAUGUGGAACCACAUUCGAAGCCCACCGUUUGUACACAAAAGCCAAAACGGUGGCAUUGCGUACGUUCACGGAUCAUCACAGGGCCAGCUGGUGAUCGAAACGUACAUAGUUAUGUUUUUGAAUGCAAUGAUAGUGUUGGGAAUGGUGCUACUUACGGAGGCCGGUUGGCAGAAUGAUAAUCGCAAAAGCAAAGUUACGGCCAUCGUAGGGUUGUUCUUAGUGGUUGUCUUCUUCUCACUCAUUCUUUCCAUAUUCCGUUCCAAAGCUCAAGGCUACCCGUACAGUUUCUUGUUUAAAUAAGCUGCCAGUAAUCUCCAGGCUGUUGUGUUGUUUCGGUUAGAAACGUUGUGCAAUGCCGGGCCGGUCAAAACGUACCCUUAUCCGGAAGCGACAGCGGGCCACGACUUAGUCACGAUAAGCGGAACCUCACGACAACCAACGCUGGAAAUCGAUCCUUGUUUUCCGUUAUCCGUCGCAAUAGCUGUGCAACUGUUGGCAAUGAAAAUCGCUGCCACUAAAAAAAGAAACAUUUAGUGAAAACCGAGCAAAUUACAAACUAUUGACCAUUCCAAUGGAAUGAUGAUCGAUCGAUUGGUUGAUGAUUGGAGUACUGAAGGCUUCACGGUUGAAUAAAGGAUACAUGAGACAAACAAACGGAAUGAACCUA